UACCUGGCGCUCAGCUACGUGUGGGGCGGGGACCAAACUCACAAAACCACAACGUCGAACAUAUCCACGUACGAGCAAGGUAUCGCCCCUGCUCUCCUGCCGGCCACAAUCCGCGACGCGAUAUACGUGACGCACAUGCUCGGCUUCCGGUGGCUCUGGGUCGACAGUCUGUGUAUCAUCCAAGACUCGGACGACGACAAGCGGCAUGAGAUCGGGCGCAUGCACCACAUCUACCGCUAUGCGCAUCUGACGAUUAUCGCCGCCAGCGCGGAACACGUCAGUGAGGGCUUUCUUCAAGAGCGACCUCCCCCGCCGGGAAUGGACUUCGGCAAUUACAAGACGGUACGCCUCACCCCAGCAUACUCGUCACAAUCGAGGUGGCCGUCCACUGCAGAUCUCGGCCGCAUGGGCACGCGCGCCUGGUGCAUGCAAGAGUACCUCAUGUCUCCGCGCUCCCUCAUAUUCCACCCCCAAUCGCUCUACUUCAGGUGUCUCACCGCUACACAGAGCGUUGGCGACUCGUUCUGCUCCACGUACGAGGAACGGCGGAUACCCAUUACGCUCUUCCUAGACCCGCUCGUAGCGGCGCCGGGUUCCAUGGAGUGGAUAGAGGUGUACAGAGCCUGGAUGGCGAUCGUGGAGGACUACAGCGGCCGCGCGGCCAGCGUCGAGUCGGACAAGCUUAUCGCGUGUGCUGCGGUCGCGGAGCAAUUCUACGCUGUCCUGGGCUCCGAGUACCUUGCAGGUCUGUGGCGAUCAGACAAGCUUCUCGCCGACCUACUCUGGGAUGCUCGGAUGGGAGCGCAGGGGCGUCGGCAUACUCGCCCCACAGGGUAUCGCGCGCCGUCGUGGUCUUGGGCGGCCAUCGAAGGACCAGUCCGGUGGAACUUCCCGACCUGGGAAGACGAUUGGGUCGUCGCGCUCGCGGAGAUUGUCGAGUGCCGCGUCACACUCGAAGACGCUGCGCUUCCAUUCGGGCAGGUUACGGGCGGGGCUCUCGUCUUGCGC